UAACUCAAGGGGAUCGGUCAGAAUGCAAAGUUGUCUGAUGCUGUUUUUAUUCAGCGGAUUUUUACUGACUGAGGGACAGAAAACAGAUUCCAUUACGGAGAACGUCUACCCCAACCAAAAUGUAAUUGGGAGAAGUACACUCUACAUAAACACUGUGCAACCAGUUUUAGUGUUUAAAGCUAAGAAAGACAAUGGAAAACUAACUAUAACUUUUCCAAACAAUGAUUUAGAGGCAGAUUUAUCAACGAAAAACCGACUAAAUAGAUCGAGUCUAGGAGUACGCGGACGAACAUAUCACUUUUGGCGAAGAAUUCGUACCAAUCGUCGAAGAAGACAUUGAGUUAUCAUAAACUGCAAUACAUCAAUAAACAACGUGCUUAAGAAUAAAAUGCUGUCAAGUUUCUUGUGACUUUUGUAUAUGUUUUUCUUUGAUAAACAUAGCAAUAAAGAGUAUAAAUUCGGA